AUGGACCCCCCCGUGCCGUUGACCGAGUUUUACCUGGCGACUCUGUGGACAUACAAGCCCAAAACUGUCACCCAAGUAAUCGAUGAUAUGGACGACAAGGGAUUUGACCAAGCCGAGUUCGUUUAUGAUAGGGAGUACAGUUGGUUCAGAGUCACCUGCCGCAAGGACCAAGCGGACGAGAUCCGUACGCAGUUUUGCCUCACCGCUCGCGAGAUUGAAGACGAAGCAUUUGAUGACUGCGAAGAUGACUUGUUGAGCCUGGAUGGGACUCUCCAGUCAUCGUUUGACAACGAGUGGUUUAGUCAAGAUACCACAUCCUCCAACAUUGGCGAAGUCGGCGAGUCGUACUGUCGUCCCAGGGCUCUCGCCGAGUACCCUUAUGUCGAGCUUUGGGAUGAUCUCGAUAAGGGCAAGCAACCUUACACAUAUUGGGAAAUCGUGUCCCGCUAUCAGGCAGCGCUGAUGGAAAAUACGCUGGGCAUCAAGCUUUCUGCCGCCCUUGUCGGAAAAUUGGUUUACGUCGCGGGCCACAGAAAAGAAUCCGUUGAUGAAGCCAUGGAAAGACUCAGGAUCAUGCUUACCACCAGGAAACUCUUACCCAGAGUAGAUCACAUUGUAUAUGCAGAGGACAGCCUCAGUCCGGUCGCGCCCGGUUUGACAGCCGAUAUUCGAUACCUCGCCAACAUCGACCCAAGACUAGCUUCCUCAACCCUCAUCGAUCGGCUCGUGGUUGACAUGCUUGUGAAGUCAUACGAGACACUUUAUCGGGAGGCUUCUUCGAUCCGGAUUUGCCCUUGGGAUUCCGGCAAGGGAUGCUAUGUGUCUCUACUUGGCCCAAAGGUCGCCACUCGUCCCAGGGACAAGACAGCCUUGGGGAACCGGCCUGCUAUAUUCACCAGAAUCAUCGACAAGUAUACACCCCCCAAGAAGCCUGACGGCCAUAGCGAGAGCCAGGGCGGUGGGGUCAGCUGCCAGGUUGGGACUUGGGUCGAAGCUGUUCCGAUCCCUGAGGAGUCCGUUCGACGGGCCGCCCACUAUGUUCUCGACACCGGUCCCCAAGCAGUUAUAGAUUCGUCUGAAAUGCCAGGGCAGGGAGAUCUUAUGGACUUCCAUGACGACGAAACAACAUUAUGCACCGAAUCUCCCACGGUCGCGACACCCGGAACGGCAACUGGGAAGCCAGGUUUGACGGGUGCUGAUCCCGAAAUGUCACCCUCGUACCAGACGUCCUCCACCCGUCGAGCACAACUGGGUACGUCGAGCGCGAAGGAAACAGUGAGACCUCAAGGCCAUGAUCUUGGAUUCACUGGCGACGACAGUCUAAUCGACAUGCUGGCUGCUGUAGACACAAGGAGUGCUGAGGAUGCUCCGAGGUUGAGGAUCGACUGGGGAAUGGCCCCCCUCAUUCCACUACCUGUAGAUAACUCGGCGCUGAACCGAAACUUGACAUCUACGCCUCAGGUAGGCCGCGGGGACCCGCAAGCAGAGAGCGACCCGGAAAAGGAGGCCACGAUAGAGAAACAUGGGUCUGCGCGUCAAUCUGGUGCCGGCAAGUCUCCGCACCCACAUGGGCUGACAACCCCCGACGUACGGCCACCCAAGACUGGGGGCUCUGGGUACCCGCCUGUCACCGAAGACUUUGUCAGCGAGAUACACGCAGCAAUGGUCAAUCUCUUGUCCAUGGGCCCUUAUCGUCGUGGCAAGGUCGAAGUAAGAGCUGAGAUUGGGCGCAUCGUCCUCGAGAAGGUGGACAAGACCGGUCUAGCGUUCAACAACGAGAGUACGCCCAGCCAAGGAUGGGAGAAAGCGAUGUUGUUGGAGAGAUUGAAGACCGACUUCGGCGGACACCAAAACAUCCACUUCACCAAAAUCCUCUCUGCAUAUGCUCCCAACAUCGAGGAUAUGAUCAACACCGAAAAAGACGGGGUUCGGCUUUGGGAGCAUAAGCCGAGCUGCGCCUCGACGACGUACUCCUUUUACUGUGGAUUACGUUCCGACAAACAUAUUUUCCCGUUUUUUGUCGACAUUGAAGAUGAUGGUACACUUAGUACCGAGCUCUCGUACUCGGUUCGUGUACACAGUAGCAGGCGGGACUGGGACACCCCGAUGCCCAUCUACGUCCAUGCAAUUUGUCGUCACUGGGACUUACGGAUUGUGACGUGCCAUGUUAAAACUGAUGAGUUGGAGACCGCGUGCGGGUUCUUCGCGCGUGAUUUGAUGCAAUCGCUGAGCAUACUGCGCAACGAGAAUGGUGCCUUGGAGCUCCAGUUUGCGGUGCCCAGCACGUCCCCCGCGGAUGUGAGGGAGGUGCGUGUUCUGACCAAGUGGCGCUACUCCAGUGUCGAUCAAAAGAGCACACUCGAAAUCACCGAGGUCCAACAGAUGAAGACGGAGCCGUACUCCGAGGGCCCGUACUCCAAGGCUUCCUGGAACUCGUACGAAGGGAGGCGCGCUCGCCCAUGGUCGCAGAGAAUGACCAAAGACAGCAAGGGCGAGGUCGCACGGUGGUACGAGGCUGCCGUGCUCUCCGUCGAGCUGGAAGACAUCUGCCGGCAGAAUGCUCUGCUCAGGGUUGGCACCAAGGCUGACUGGGACGCUGAGGACCUCGGGGCUCGCGGCGUUUUUUCGGCGGUCUACGGCCCCGCCCUGCAGAUGGUGAGGGCGAUGGACCAUGUCGGCAGGCUGGAUGACAACAACCUCUCGCAAAGCCAUGGCAACUUACUACUCCAGCACAACGACCCUCCUACUCGGGUGGUUGGAGUGACUGCAUCGAAAAAGGGCAAGAACAAGGUUUAGUGAGCGAGCUUUAUGAGUGACGUAGGGCGAUGGAGUGAUGGUGGUAAGCGGUGUGCGCUGGCGAUGAGACUUGAUUUUCUCCUUGUUACUUUGGGUUCGGGGCCAGCUUUUGUGGCGCCAGAGGAUGGAUGCAUGGAUGGGAGGCGUAUGGGCGUGUUUGUGAAGUUGAUAAUGUACGGUACAGGAACGGCG